CGGAGAACGAGUGCACCCUGUGCGGCCGUCGGAGCGCUGUGUGUGGAUCCACAGCAGUAGAGAGGCGCUGAGGUAACGGAGCGGACACGAGCUCCAUGUUGUAGGACUGCGCCUUGGAGACAAGUGGCCGCCCGGAGCCCGUCACCAUGCGGGUCCUGUUGAGCGUCCUGUACCCCGUGCUCUCCCUCACCAUCUUCGGAUUAUAUCCCUCUAUGACUAUCGGCCCAAAGGAGGGCUGGCAGGUGUACAGCUCGGCUCAGGAUGCUGAUGGCCGCUGUAUCUGCACCGUGGUGGCUCCUGAACAGAGCCUGUGCUCCAGAGAUGCCAAGAGCAGACAGCUCCGCCAGCUGCUGGAGAAGGUGCAUAACAUGUCUCAGUCCAUUGAGGUUCUGAACCUCAGGACCCAGAGGGAUUUCCAAUAUGUCAUGAAGAUGGAAAACCAGAUGAAGGGCCUGAGGACCAAGUUCAGACAGAUCGAGGAUGACAGAAAAUCCAUCAUAGCCAGAAACUUUCAGGAGCUUAACGACAAGAUGGACGAGCUAAAGCCGCUGAUCCCCGUGCUGGAGCAGUACAAGAUGGAUGCUGCAGUCAUUUCCCUGUUCAAAGAGGAGAUCAAGAACCUCUCUGCAGUGCUGACGAGCAUCCAGGAGGAGCUCGGGGCCUUCGACUAUGACGAGCUCUAUCAGCGAGUCCUGCGUCUGGACAACAGGCUGCGCAGCUGCAUGGGCAAGCUAACGUGUGGGAAAUUAAUGAAAAUCACUGGACCUGUUACAAUAAAGACAUCUGGAACCCGGUUUGGGGCAUGGAUGACUGACCCUCUGGCAUCCACCAGAAACAACAGGGUUUGGUAUAUGGACAGUUACACCAACAGCAAGAUUGUGCGUGAGUACAAGACAAUGGACGACUUUGUAGCGGGGGUGGUUUCUCGAACAUACAGCCUCCCAUUUAAAUGGGAGGGAACCAAUCAUAUGGUCUACAAUGGAUCGCUCUACUACAACAAGUACCAGAGCAACAUCAUCGUGAAGUACAGCUUUGAGACGGGCAGCGUUCUGGCCCAGAGAGCUCUGGAGUUCGCCGGCUUCCACAACAUGUACCCAUAUACAUGGGGGGGGUUCUCCGACAUCGACGUCAUGGCUGAUGAACUGGGAAUGUGGGUUGUGUACGCAACCAAUCAAAACGCUGGAAAUGUCGUCGUGUCCCAGAUCGACCCCGACACCCUGCAUGUCCUGAAGACUUGGAACACCGAAUACUCCAAGAGGAACGCGGGUGAGUCGUUCAUGAUCUGUGGGACGCUCUAUAUCACUAACUCUCACCUGUCGGGAGCAAAGGUUUACUACGCUUACUCUACCAAGACUUCAACCUACGAAUACAUAGACAUUCCUUUCCACAACCAGUACUUUCAUAUCUCCAUGCUUGACUACAACGCCAAAGAGAGAGCACUGUAUGCCUGGAAUAACGGACACCAGGUCAUAUUUAAUGUCACUCUCUUUCAUGUCAUAAAAACUGAUGAUGACUCUUAAAGUAUCACUUUUCCAACUUAAGCACCUCAUUGGUGAUACAAGGACCUCCAUGUAUUCUUUUGUCAAAAAAUGGACUAUGGUAUCUUACCUUGCCACCAAGUGAACUCUUCUAAUGUGUGGCUCUGGUCUUUUGGCUGAAUUGAGCAUGGACACCAAUCACUUGAUACCUUAUAACCAAUGUUUACACUUUUCCAUUGCUGCUGAUUCAGCUGGCAGACCCAACACAUAGUGAAUAAGGCAUUAUUCACUAUGUGUUGGGUCUGCCUGCUGAAAACUCUCAAAAGCUUUUGCAUGAAUGUCCAAAAAUUGAUCUGCAGUGAUUUCCUAUGAUAUAGCUGUGUUUUUGUUGCAAAUCUGUUUUGCUUACAGUGUUUGCAUUUUUGUCUAUUUAAAAAAAAAAGUCUAUUUAAAAGUAUUUAAACCUUUAAGUCAAUCUCUUCUGCAUAUUUGCUACCAUGUUGAGGUGGCUGAUUAUAAUGUACAAUAGCCGUUCUUUUAAAGAUGGGCCUGUCAAAUAUUGCUGUUAUGUAUGUAUCUGUGGAAGAAAAAUAUUUGUAUUUUUUAUAAAAGAAAACCAU